AUGUCUCAUUUAAAAACUAGUAAAACCAAUCAAAUUAAAUCGAGCAAUGCAGAGAAAAAAGAUAAACAAAUAAAUAAAGAAAAUCAACCAAAAAAUGAUGAAACAGAAGAAUCUUCAUCGAGUGAUGAUGAUGAUGAUGAACCAAUUCGUGCUCCAAUUCAAUUAAAAAUUGAAUUUGUUAAUUCAAUUAUGUUUCGUCAAUGGGAAUUAGCACAAAAAUUAUGUCAAUUUAUGUUAAUAUAUGAACCAAAUAAUAGUGAAGCUAAACAAUAUGCUCCAUUAAUUGAUUAUAUGUUAGAACAAGAACAAGCAGCAUCUUCAUCCUCAUCAGAUGACGAUUCAAGUGAUGAUGACGAUGGUGAUGAUGAUGAUGACGCAUCUGGAAGUAGUAGUAGUAGUUCAUCUUCUUCCGAAAAUGAAGAAGAAACAACAACUGAUAUUGAUGAUGCUAAAGCACCAAAACCAGUCAAUGCUUCUUUAUCUCAUAAAUGUCAUCAUAAAUGA